AUGGCGCCGAGUAAGCGCCAUCGCUGCAGCUGCUGCGGCAAGUCGGGGCACACCGUGGCGACGUGCCCGAGCCCUGGCGCUGCUGUCAUCAAGAGUCUGAAGGCGAAGAUCAGCCGCUUGGAGAAGACCAGCGCCAAGCCGAGGACGGGCCAGCUGAGGGCGAGCCAGCCGAAGUCGUUCAAGAAGUUGCGGCGCCAGCGCUCCAAGCUGUACUCGGCUGGCCACAGCGAGAAGCGCGCCAUCGCGUUGCAGGCCAAUUUGGAGAAGAAGACCUGUUCGCGCGGGGCCGAAGGCUCGGUUGCAGCCCGCGAGGAGCUGGUCCAAGCGGGCUUCCUCGCUCGGGCACCUCUUCGCUGCCCGACAUGCGCGAGGGGAUGCCUUUCGGACGCCCCGUGCAGUCGGGCCAGGGGCGGUGCCACCAACAAGGACUUGCUCUACUUCCGCUGCAACGAUUGGGGGUGUCACUGCUACCACGGCGUCAUGAAGUUCUCGAAGAUCCCGUGCAAGCUGAUCGGGCAAUUGAGCUGCGUCCAGCUGAGGUCGCUCCUCGAAUCCUAUACGGACGCGGCGGGCCAGGGCAGCGCCAGCGCGCGGAAAGCUGCCAAGUCAGCAUACUGCGGGUACAACGUCGCGCACCGCCUGCACAGGUAUCUGCGCGGCUUGGAGGCGGGCGCAGGGGACAAGGAGAACGAGUCGAUGCAGCUCGGCGGGGAGAUCGAGCCCAUCCGCAACAUCGAGGGCGACGGCGCGCUGGUCAGGAAGAUCAGGGUGAGCAGCAAGAGCACGACGUGGCGGGCCGAGAUCGCAGAGGCGAAGAAGAGGACGAUCGCAUACCUGAGGCUGAAGGCAUGCAGGGCGAAGAAGCGGUCCUGCAAGUUCGUGGAGCCCAAGCGCUACAUGGUCCACGUCCGCUACGUGGGGCUUUGUGAGCGCGGUGGCAGGGUGACCGCUGCCCCACUUCCUGCCCGCGUGGCGCCGCCUGGCACGGCGCCGCCGCCCGAGGCGCAGGGCGAGGAUCUCAAGUCGGGCAACAUGAACAGACUGGUGAGGAAGAAGAAGGUGUUCCUCUUCUCCGACGGCGCACUGGCCUGGUCCAAGAUUGUCGAGCAGCGGAACAAGGCAGGCCGCAACAUCGCGCUGUCGGCGGCAAUGGACUCACGGUGGAAGUACAUGAAGUCGCACAUCCCGCGGACCCUGAAGGCCGCCAAGGGUCGCGCCGUGAACCCUGAGCUGCGCACAUACAUCAUGUCGUGGCAGUGGAGACAGAACUUGGCAUGCACGGGCGGCGCGCUGUGGGAGAGCGUGGCCAGCCUG